UGGAAUCAGGGUAUCAUUUGGCUGCGGGGGUCAGGAGUGAGCGUUUGACAGAGACCCUGGCUCUCCGGGGGCUCCUGCAACUCCCACCACAGGCUCAUACCCAGGCCUCCGGGGACUCAGAUGUGGAGUUAAGCAGAACGAUGCAACGUGCCAGGGGUCUGGAGGGGACGAUGGAGCUGGCUGCGGGCUAUCGGGGAAUAGGCCUCUCCAUGUUUCCCCAGCACCUCUCCACUGAGCACGUGCAGACAAAGGCCCCACCCAUCCAGCCCCCAGCAACAGGAAGCCAAGGUCCUCUGACAGAGCAGAAGCUGAUGGACAUGAGGCUGUCAGAGCUGCCCGUCUGGCUGACCUCUCGCCGUCUCGUGACCCCCAGGGAGGCGGUGGCCGCAGUGCAGAGAGGGUGGCUGAGGUACUACAGGAAAUACAUCGACGUUCGGAAAGGCGGCAUUGGCGGGAUAGGCAUGCUGUUGGCCGGAUACUGCAUCCUGAGCUACGCCUGGAAUUACCCCCACAUCAAACAGGACCGCUGGAGGAAGUACCAUUAGAAACAGAUGGAGCUGGGUCCCCUCCUCACCCCGCUUCAUGUCACCAAGGGAUGAAGUUUGCAACACUCUUGGGGUCACCUC